CGUGUGCGCAGCUGCCGAGCCUUAAAUCCCGGGCUCGCGCGGCUGGAGAGUGCUUUCGCCGCCCGGGAGCCUUUCGGCCCAGUCGUUCGCACGUUCCCUCUCGGUGCCCGCCCGGUCCCCGCCCCUCCGCGUCCCGGCACUACGCUCAGUUCGGAGCCCGGCGCGCCGAGCAUUCGGACAUGCCCCGCUACGAGCUGGCUUUGAUUCUGAAAGCCAUGCAGCGGCGAGAGACUGCUGCUGCUUUGAAACGUACAGUAGAAGCCUUGAUGGAUAAAGGAGCCAUAGUACGAAACUUGGAAAACUUGGGUGAGCGAGCACUUCCUUAUAAGAUGUCUGCCCACAGUCAGCAGCACUGGAGAGGCGGAUAUUUCUUGGUGGAUUUUUAUGCACCAACUACAACAGUGCAGAGCAUAAUGGAGCACUUGUCUCGGGACAUUGAUGUGAUUAGACCAAAUAUUGUGAAACACCCUCUAACCCAAGAAGUAAAGGAGUGUGAAGGCAUUAUUCCAGUACCACUUGAAGAAAAAUUAUAUGCCCCAAAGAAAAGGAAGUAGGAAGGACCACAGGUGUGUUAGCCUUUGGUUGACUCCUCUUACACCAAAGGAGCUUGGAUGACUAGAUACAAAUGAGGCCUUUCUCAGAGUUUUCUAGUGGCUUUGCUUUUGCUGUUAUUUUGGUAAGAAGUAGAAGAACUGCUGGCUGAGAACUCCUAUUUGUGGUACUGCGCAUGAUUCUUUAUUUUGUUCUCAUUAGUGUAAUUUCUUUGUCAGUGUAAACAGUAACAUCAUUCUGAAGAACAUAUGUAAAGCAGCCUUGGAUGUAAGCUAAUCAUUCAGACUGUGUAUAGCCAUGCCAAAAGGAAAAAUGAAGACUCCUGUAUUAUAGGGACAACUUUUGA